UUAAGGGAGGGAGGAUGGGGGGGAGAGGCAGGCACUAUAUAAAAGAAGCUGCCCUGAGAUUUCUAAAAUUCAUACAAAAACUUCCUAAGUAAGGAAACUUACCAGAUUUGGCACCUCAUCUUCAGCGAUGGACCCAGAAGCAACCUCAGUUUAUUUGGAUUAUUUUUAUGCUACAAGCCAAAAUCCUGAUUUUGAGGAGAUCCACUCCCAUGUUCCUUAUACAUCUGUCUUCCUUCCUAUCUUUUACGCAGCUGUGUUCCUGAUUGGAGUGCUGGGGAACCUCGUUCUCAUGAGUGCAUUGCAUUGCAAACGGGGCAGCAGAAGACUGAUCGACAUCUUUAUCAUGAACCUAGCUGCCUCUGACUGCAUUUUCCUUGUCACAUUGCCUCUCUGGGUGGAUAAAGAAGCAUCUUUAGGACUGUGGAGAACGGGCUCUUUCCUGUGCAAAGGCAGCUCCUACCUGAUCUCAGUCAACAUGCACUGCAGUGUCUUCUUGCUCACUUGCCUGAGCAUUGAUCGCUACCUGGCCAUUGUGUGUCCAACCAUAUCCAGGAAAUUCAGAAGGAGAGACUGUGCGUAUGGAGUCUGUGCCAGUGUCUGGUUUAUCUCCUGCCUUCUGGGUUUGCCUACUCUUCUGUCCAGGGAGCUCACCCUGAUUAACAAUAAGCCAUACUGUGCAGAGAAGAGGGCCACUUCCAUUAAACUGGCUUGGGCCCUGGUGGCCUUAAUUUUUACCUUUUUUGCUCCUUUGGUGAGCAUUGUGACCUGCUACUGUUGCAUCACAAGGAAGCUGUGCAUCCAUUACCAGCAGUCAGGAAAACAUAACAAAAAGCUGAGGAAAUCCAUAAAGAUCAUCUUUAUUGUUGUGGCAGCCUUUGUCGUCUCCUGGUUGCCCUUCAAUAUUUUCAAGCUCCUGGGCAUUGUCUCGGGAUUGCAGCAAGAACUCUACUUUUCCUCAGCUGUUCUCCAGCUGGGCAUGGAGGUGAGUGGGCCCUUAGCAUUUGCCAACAGCUGUGUCAACCCUUUCAUUUACUAUAUCUUUGACAGCUACAUCCGCCGAGCCAUUGUACACUGUUUGUGCCCUUUCUUGAAGAACUAUGAUUUUGCGAGCAGCAGCGAGACAUCAGAUAGUCACCUCACUAAGGCUCUCUCCAACUUCUUGCAUGCAGAGGAUUUUGCCAGAAGGAGAAAGAGGUCUGUGUCACUCUAAAAGAGACUGUGCCAUUUCAAGCUCUGUUGGUGAAUCGAAAAGUUAAUUUGGG